AUGGCCAUGGGGGAAUCAAAAGACCUUAACAAGAUGAAGUUGCACGACCUCUUUGAUGAUCUUAAAUCUUAUGAGUUUGAAAUAAACUCAAGAAACGAAGACAGACCGUCUACGUCUACCAUCACUAAAGCGCUGAUGACCGCUGAAGAGACAGUUGAUUCAACGGUUGCAAAGUCUACUAAGCAGUUGAGCAACAAUGCAAUAUCACUCUUCGUCAAGAAGUUUGGAAAAUUCUUGAAGAAGAACAACUUUAACUCCAAUUUUAAUAAAUCUAACAAUAGAGAUGAUUCAAAAGCUAAUUUGAAAUCCUUUAACUGUGACAAACCAGGUCAUUUCAAGGAAGACUACAGAAAACCUAAGAGGGAUGACAAGAAGCAGUCUGACAAGAGAAAUAGAAAGGAACAAAAAGCUCUACUGACGAAGGAAAGAAAGAGCAAAUGGGUCAAUAGUGAAUCAAACGACAACUCAUCAAGAAAAAGUGAAAAUGAGGAUGUCAAGUAUCUCAUGGAAGACGACAAUGAGGUAUUUGAUUUCUCUUCUGAUGACUUCACAAGAGAUGAUCUCAUCAUUGCACUAAAUGAUAUGGUUAUUGAGUACAAGAAAUUGUCAGAAUCUUUUAAUGAUAUCGCUUUUAAAUCUGACAAAUCUGGUAUCAGACACGAGUUGUUUAGUGCCAGAAUUCCACAACAAAAUGGAGUAGCUAAAAGAAGAAAUAGAACACUGAAAGAAGUUGUUAGGUCAAUGAUAGACGAUUCUGGCGUGUCUCAAAAGCUAUGGGCAGAAGCUAUCAAUACAGCUUAUCCUGGUAUAAUUCUAGGACAUUCUUCAGCAAAUAAAGCUUAUAGAGUUUAUAAUAAAAAAACUUUAACUGUUGAAGAGUCUACCCAUAUAGUUUUUGAUGAAUUUGUUGAAAGUAAUUCGAAAGAAGUCAUCGAUGUGGCUAACAGAUUGGAAGCUGCUAAUCUUCAAUCUGAUAAUGACGAAGAGGGUCAGGAUAAGUUUGAGAUGAGUAUGAUGGGUGAGCUGACAUUCUUUCUUGGUCUCCAAGUUCAACAACUUGAAGCUAGAACAUUCAUCAACCAAGAAAAAUAUACCAAAGAGUUGUUGAAGAAAUUCAACAUGGAGAACUGCUCUACUGCCUCGACACCCAUGGAUUCUUCAAAAAAGUUAGAUAAAGAUGAAGAUGGUCAAAGCGUUGACAUCACAGUUUACCGAGGGAUUAUCAGUUCUCUACUUUAUCAAAUAGCUAGCCGGUCAGACAUCUUGUUCACCGUCGGCGUGUGUGGGCAUUUUCAGGCUAAUCCUAAAUAA